AUGAAUUUUAAUGUUUGGAAUAUCAAGGAGAUGCUCAGUAUCCCCUCAGGCUCUGGGAUUACUAAACCAUCUAACUGGAAUAGUAAUCAGACUGAUUGUUCUUCUCUCAGUGAUUCCCAGUUCCUCUUUGGAUCUCAGUUUUGUUCAGAAAAUUCAGAAAUUCUGUCCACAUCCUUGGAUGCUGGUGCCUACUCAAGACAUCCAAAACAAACACAACAGAGCUCUGUAGAUAAUGAACCUAGUAUUUUCACAAAAUACCAGACAAAGCCCCAGUUGUUUGGAAGUGAUACAAAGGAUGAAGAUUUAUUUUCUCUUCCUUUGCCAGUUGGAAAAUCAAAAGGACUCCUGAAACAGUUUGAGGAGAAAAAACGAAGGGCAACAGACAAAUGUGACAGUGACAUGCUGUACAACUUUGUUUCUCAUUUUCAAGAAGUCAUUCACAAGUUGCAGACAUCUGUGGAAAAGUCUGAGGAACAUCUCAGUAUGAGAAGCCAAUCUAUUUUGGAUUCUUUGGAAACUAUAGCCAAGACAUUUCAAGAGACUGCGCAGGUCCAGCGUGAUCUGAUGUUUGAGGCCACGCGAGACAAAGGCAAUAUGGAACAGGCCAUCCUUGAGAUACAGAAGAAAUCUGAAGCCAGACAGACUGAGUUCAUGGAGAUGAAAUCCAACCUGAAGAACCUUGAAGUUCUAGUUGCACAGCAGAGUAAGGACUUCCAGCAGCUUUCUGAGAAGCUGGGCCAGCUCAAUGUGCCUGGUGUCAUAGAAGAGCUGAAAAAACUCAUCUCUGCCCCUCAGGUAGCUGGGCAUCUGAAAGACAGCACCUCCCAGACCUCACCAACUCUGACCCAGAGCCUCCAUCUUACCAGACAAGAAAAAUGCACCUCUGAGGAGCCAUCUGCUCCACAGGGCCAGGUGUCUCCUUCAGAGAAUCCCAGUAGGAAUUCCCAGAGGCCUAGGGAGCUUGGUGUCCGGGAUGAAGGAGCAUUGCCAACAGAUGGGCCCCACAGAGAAAAUGAAUGUUUGAAGAACAAAAACCUGCAGACUUGCUGCAAGAACUGGGUUAUCACCACCAGAAACCUCAGUAACCACUGCUCUGGCCCCCCAAGCCAGAAGACUGGCCGUGACCAGGAUCUAAUUGCCCAAGAAGCCUCACAGCUGGACUUAAAUAAGUUUGAAUUCAGAAUGAAGAAUGUCUGCCCCCAAAAUGAAAACGAAAGCAUGUGUUUUGACCAGUUUGAAGAGUCAGCAACUGAACAGAAAGGCAAGACCCGAAGAAAGGGGAGGAAAGGCAAGCAGCAACCCAGGAAAUCACAGAGAAGCAGGCUUCCAGCUAGGAAGAAAGAACAAACUCCAAGGAAGGCCUGUGAUUCCAUCUCAAAGCAUCGCAGUCCCCAGUCUCCAGUUUCUAGCCCACAAAGGCCCCUCAUCUAUUGGCGGGCUCCAAGAACCUCCACAAAGUCAGCCUGUCAUAUUCUGGGAGGAACAGUGAGGACCAGUAAGAUAGAAAGGGCAGCACAGGGCAACACCCUGCAAUCUACCCAGCACUCCUCCCCAGAUCAUGCAUGCUUAUCUAGCAGUUCCCAGGGGGAUGAGCAGAUAAAUUGGUUCAUUGACCUCAGCUUUGAAAACCCAGAGCAUCCCCUGUGUAACAAGGGAGGGAAGAAUUUGCUCUAUGAUCCGGAUUUUGACAGCAGUGAUGAUAACUUCUAACCUUGCUGACAGUGACUUCAGCUGAUGGCUCGUUGAUCUCAGUUAGAAAA